AUGCCUGCCAUCCGCGACAGCCAGCGUGCCCCGGGCAGCGAUCCGCCCAAGGCUGGCCCUGAGCCGCCGGCAGCACAGCAGACCCCUGUGGCCAACAAGAUUCCGGACGCGUCGCAGUUUCCCAGGCCACCGCGCGCUCCCUACACCCCGCAUUGCACUCAUGUUACCAUGACCCGCGCCUACGGCGCCACUUGCCAGAACUGCAACCGCAAGUCUCCCUUGGGUUGGGUCUGGCAAUGCACCUACGACGAGGCCAACGAUCCCUGGGACGCCGUCAAGGGCCGCCAGUCCGCUGUUGAUGCUUGCGAUCCCUCCGACCGCAUUGCUGUGAUGAAGGCUCUCAAAUUCCACCAGUCCGUCAUCGACCAGGCUGAAAACGGCCUCUACACGCCUGAGCAGAUCGACCGCCUCAUUGGCCAAAAGCAGAAGGCCCUCGAUACCAUCAACGGCCAGAGCCCGGACAAAGCUGCCGAAGGUAAUGUCGAGCAGCCUGAAGCUACGGACAUGCGCACUUUGAUUGCUAACUUGGUGCGCCAAGAAAUCCGCGCCCAGCUCUCCUCUGCCAGUGCAACCACCGUGGCUAAGGAGCGCGCCAAGCACGCGAGAACCGUUCACCCCAGGUGCAGGUUCAAGUGCUGCCAGUCUUGCCGCGCUGACUUCAGGAGCCGUUCUUUUGAGUCCUUCGAUGCUGUGCUUAAUGGAGAGGUGAAACCUCUACGCCCGGCCGAGAUUUCUACAUUGCCUGUCCGCGAUGCCCGAGUCAUGCGUGAUAUAGGCAUGAAGUCCCUUCCCCCCUUGAUUGAAAGUUCAAUUCCUACCGACUCAGAGAACAGCGAGCCCGACGACAGCGAGCCCGCAGAGAGCGAUCUUGCAGACAGCAUCCGUACCUGGAGGACCACCGACUCCGCCCAUGAACACCGCAGCCGCGAGUCUGCCCAAGCCCGGGCCUUCUACCGAGUCGAGCCAGUGAACGACAUGGGCAUGUACGAAAGUAUGCACUUCAACGAUUUCUCCUUCCGCCGCAGCGUUCGCAACAGCGUCUCGCUCGCAGUCAAACACGUCUUCGGCAAGCGCCGCGAGUCCUCUUCUGAUGGUUCUGCAGUCACCCUUCCUGUAGCUCGUUCCGCAAUGUCCUCCAAGGAUCCGCAAGAUUCCGGUCUCAGUCUUCCAAGGUCCUUCUUUUCUCCCCGCAACCCCUCGAUAUUGGCCGUUGCCCCCAGCACUAUAAUGCGCGAAGGCAUUCCCACGCCUGCACCUACCUGCUCUUCCAGCUCCAACAGCAGUGUUGCCGACGAUGAGGGUGGCGUUAAUCUGAACAAGGACUCUGUCCAGAUUUCCAAGCCCGGUUCUCUACCUCAGGCCCUCAUUACUCAGGCUUAA